AUAUACGCAUACAGAGUACUAUAUUUAUAUUCCCAGCUAACAUUAACAUAUUCCCUUUCUCUUCCUCUACGCACAACUCAUUUUGUCCAACAAAUAUCUCUUUGCCGGAUUCAUGUCGGAGAACGGUCGACCAUUGCCCAAGUUUGGUGAAUGGGAUGUUAAUGACCCAGCUUCAGCAGAGGGGUUUACUGUGAUCUUUAAUAAGGCCAGAGAUGAGAAGAAAACAGGUGGCCAGCCAGAAUCACCAACAAAGACAGAUGCUCAUACUAAGCAUGCUGCAGAUCAAUCAAAACCUCCAGCUAAAAAAUGGUGUUGCUGCAUGCAAAGCCCACAUGCAGAAUCUUAACAAGGCUCUGCAAAGUUGAAUUCAGAAUGAAUGUUCAUAAUUAUCCCCACGUAUUUUGCAUGUGGGGAGGAGCUGAAGGCACUCUUGGGUUUCUCUGGAACCUACUUUGUCCUGUAAAAUUGUAUUAGGGUUGGGGUAUACCGUAUAAGAUUUGGUGAAGACAAUUUUUUAUUUUUGUGUAUCUAUGAAAUUGUAUCUGGUAUUUCAUAGAAACUUAUCAUUUUCAUUUAUCAAUGAUUUGUACUUUGUAGAGCAUCUUUCUGAAGAUCAUUAGGUUUUUUAGGUGUCAAAAGCACUUUUACUCUCUAUGAUAUAGUAUUGAUUUGUAAAUU